AUGAUUGGAAUUUUUUUUUACAUCAUUAAAAUGACCGAUGAAUUUGAUCGAUAUUAUAUUAAAAUUCGGAGAAUUCUGGAAAUAGAUGCAAAGACAAUUUGCGAAGAACUUACAACAACAUUGCGACCUGAUGCUCCAGCAUAUUCAACUGUUGCAAAAUGGGCAAAACGUUUUCGUGAAGGGAGAGAGGAUGUCAAUGAUGACUUUCGACCUGGUCGUCCGAUUUCCGUACUUACAGAUGAAAAUAUCGAACAAGUUCGACAAGUUAUCGAAGAUGAUCAGAAUUCAACCUAG